AUGUCCCCCACCCUCACAGCCCUGCUCUGCCUUGGGCUGAGUCUGGGCCCCGGGACCCGAGGGCAGCAAGGGACCCUCCCCAAGCCCACCCUGUGGGCUGAGCCAGGAUCUGUGAUCACCUGGGGGAGGCCAGUGACACUCUGGUGUGAGGGGACCCUGGAGGCCCAGGAGUACCGUCUGGAGAAAGAUGGAAGCUCAGUGCCCUGGGGCACAAGGAUCCCACAGAAGACCAGGAACAAGGUCAAGUUCCCCAUCCCAACCAUGACACAGCACCAUGCAGGGCGAUAUCAAUGCUACUAUCACAGCCCUGCUGGCUGGUCAGAGCACAGUGACCCCCUGGAGCUGGUGGUGACAGGAUCCUACAGCAAACCCAGGCUCUCAGCCCUGCCCAGCCCUGUGGUGACCUCAGGAGGGAAUGUGACCCUCCAGUGUGGCUCACGGCAGGGAUAUGGCAGCUUUGUUCUCACUAAGGAAGGAGGCCACACGCUCACCUGGACCCUGGACUCACAGCAAGACCCCAGUGGGCAGUUCCAGGCCCAGUUCCCUGUGGGCCCCGUGACCCCCAGCCACAGGUGGACAUUCACAUGCUAUGGCAGUUACAGGACAACACCCCAGGUGUGGUCAGAACCCAGUGACCCCCUGGAGCUCCAGGUCUCAGGGCUGUCCAGGAAGCCCUCCCUCCUGACCCAGCACAGCCCAGUCCUGGACCCUGGGGAGAACCUGACCCUCCAGUGUCACUCAGACUUUGGCUAUGACAGAUUUGCUCUGUCCAAGGAGGGCGGACAGGACCUCCCACAGCUCCCUGGCCAGCAGCUCCAGGCUGGGCUGUCUCAGGCCACCUUCCUUCUGGGCCCUGUGAGAGGCUCUCAUGGGGGUCGGUACAGAUGCUACGGUGGACACAGGCUCUCCUCUGAGUGGUCAGCCCCCAGUGACCCCCUGGACAUCCUGGUCACAGGACAGCUCCCUGCCACACCCUCCCUCUCAGUGCAGCCGGGUCCCACAGUGUCCUCAGGAGAGAACGUGACCCUGCUGUGUCAAUCAAGGAUCCAGUGGGACACCUUCCUUCUGGUCAAGGAGGGGGCAGCUGAUCCCCCCCUGCGUCUGAGACCAGAGUCCAGAGCUCCAGGGUUCCAGGCAGAAUUCUCCAUGAGAGCUGUGACCUCAGCCCUGGCGGGGACCUACAGGUGCUAUGGGUCUCAAAGCUCAUCCCCCUACCUGCUGUCAUGGCCCAGUGCCCCCGUGGUCCUGGUGGUCUCAGGGUCCACUGGGUCCUCCAGCAUGCAACCCAGCCCUCACCUCCCACCCACCCCUGGAGGCCCUGAGGAGCAGCCCCUCAACUCCAUGGGCCCAGGACCUCAGAGUGGACUGGGAAGGCUGCUGCAGGUUCUGGUCGGGGUCUCAGUGGCCUUCCUCCUGCUGCUCCUCCUGCUCCUCCUCCUCCUCCUCCUCCGGCAUCAGAGCAGACGCAGGAAGGCGGCCCAGACAGAGGCUGGCCUCCAGGGACCUGCAGGGCCCACAGAGGCAGAGCCCCAGGACAGCGGCCUGCAGAAGAGGUCCAGCCCAGCCGCUGCCGCCCAGGAACAACACCUCUAUGCUGCUGUGAAGGACCCGCAGCCCGAGGUCGGGGUGGAGCUGGACAGUCGGAGCCCACCUGACGGGGACCCCAAGGGAGCAACAUACGCCCAGGUGAAGCACUCAGGACUCAGGAGGGACGGGAGCUGCCCUCUUCCCCCACUGUCGGGGCAGUUCCUGGGCACAGAGGAUGCAGAGGACAGACACAUGGACACUCAGGCUGCUGCACCUGAAGGUCCCCAGGACAUGACCUACGCCCAGUUGUGCAGCGUGACCCUCAGACGGGGGGCGGCCGCCCCCACUUCCUCCCAGGCAGAGCAGCCCCCAGCGGAGCCCAGUGUGUAUGCUGCUCUGGCCCCACUCACCCGGGGGCUGCCCCAGAGGACUCGCACUAGUGACUCCAGCCAGCCGACCGCCUAACGCUCCAGACUCCAGAACUCCUGAGACUCGCCUGACUCAACAUCAGAGAUGACCUACCUCCCUACAUCUUGCAAAUAAAGCCAGAGGUUUCUCAGUAAUCAGUGAGUAGACGGAGAACCAAGCAGAGGGAGAGGUGUCUUGACAUGACUGACGAUGAUAAUGGGACACAUCGAACUGGGAAGUGAGACUAAGGACCUUGCUGGUUGUAUCAGGAUGCGGGUUUUGCUUUGGUUUGGUUUUGGUUUGGGUUUUUGUACCAGGGAUUGAACCCAGGGGUGCUUGCCCACUGAGCCACAACCCCAGCACUUUUUAUAUUUUAUUUAUAAAUGGGGUCUCACUCGUUUGCUAGACCUGGCUAAGUUGCUGAGGCUGGCCUUGAACUCACAAUCCUCCUCCCUCAGCCUCCCCUGUUGCUCUGAUAACAGGUAUGAGCCUCCA